AUGUGUGAGUCGUCGCUGGAUUCGUCUUGUUUAUCUCCUCUAGAGAAACACAUAAACGACAAGAAGCUGGCCAUUGACCUCCUCAAGAUCUCCGAUAAUUCUUACGUCGGAUUCAGAGAACAUGAAUUAAAUCAACUGAAUUCUUUUUUAACAAAGUGUAUUGAGAGUAAGAGAGGAGGCGGAAUGUUUAUAUUUGGGCUUUGUGGAACAGGGAAAACCACAACAGUGCAGCAUGCUCUUAAUGUGACUUCUAGUAAGAAAGGAGUUAAAACUGUAUUUUUGAAGGGCAGUAACUACACCUCGAUGAAGUCUUUUAAGAAUGAUUUUUACCAGAAAGUGUUUGGCUUCUCAGCUAAAAAGGCUCUUAAAACGCUAAAUCUAGCCUCGCAAGGAAAAGUACAAGAUUAUGCCAAAUUCUCAGAUCAUCUCCUCCAGCACUUUCAAUCACAAAGAUCCCUCAAAAUAUGUUUGAUCGAUGAAGUGGAUUAUUUGAGUACUUUUAUUUCAAACUUUAAGAGCUACAACAAGUCGAAUUGGCUGAUUCAGGCCCUGUUUAAGGCAUCUUGCUCCCCAAAGAGUAAGGUCGUAGUCCUGGCGGUUUCCAAUAACUUGGAGUUUGCCAGCAAGAUAAAGACUGAAAACUGUGAACGGAUGUUAUUCAAGCCCUAUAACGAGGACCAGAUGGUCAAUAUUGUUAUGGAAAAGUUAAAGUCAGUCAAUGAGAAUUCACAAGUUCUGAACAAAACUUCCUUGUUAUUGAUAGCAAGGCGUGUUGCAAACACUUCUGGUGAUUGUAGAACUUAUCUAGAUUCAUUCAUAAGGGCUUUGUCUAAUAGUUUGAGUGAUAUUGAGAAGGACUAUGAGUCAGUUGAAUCAUUAGCAUCAGCUGUCACUUCAGUUGGGCCAGACUCCUUUUCAAGGUCUGAACAAACAUAUCAAGUUGAAUCUUACGAAGAAUUUAAAACUCCAACUAGAAAUUUCAGUCCUCUAGGGGAAAGCACUAAUAAUUUUGUAGAUAUGUCAAAGUAUAAUGUUGGAAGUAAGGAAAUUGGUGUGGUAACACCAACGUUAUCACUCAAUAAGACUCAGCAAUUGAAGAACCAAUUGUCAGAUUUACCCAUUUUCCAACUCCUGCUCCUGCUUGGGAUUUGCAAAUCCACCAUUAUUCUUAAUCAAACCAUUUCUAAAACUGAUUCCAAGGUAUAUUAUACAGUCAUCACUAGUAUACUAAUUUUAAAAUACUUUCUUGAAUUGGCUGAAAAGUUGAAGCUGGACCCUGUGGAUGCAGAGAACUUCUGUAACUCUGAAUUUGAAAACAGUCUAGAGAACUUCAAACAGCUGAAUUUCAUCUCUAUAAAAGGUACUAGAGCUAAUUAG